AUGUCAGACGAUCAUCACUCACUGGUCAAGAAACCACCAGUCCGGGCAUGGACAUUGGCUCGCCUCGGCAGCACAGCUAGCUUAGGCACCCAUCGUUUGAAAAGCCCCCCAAGUGUACCUUCGCUCGAUACUACCCACAGCCACAGGAGUCCAUCAGCGUCCGUGCUGUCGCUACCUCUGUCGGACCAUCAAGAGGAUUCGAAAGCGGAUGGCAGUUCGAAACACGAGGGGAAGAAUGUUGAUACUCUGACAUCCCAGGCUGAUAUCAUGCAGGAACUCCUCGUGCGCGUGAAGAAUUUGGAGUUCACGAUGACGGCCAUGAAAGAUGUGGUCGAAAACAAGUCAAGCUCAUCGUGUAUAUGUCAUGAAGCGGACGGAACGCACGCGGAGAAAUAUUUGAACGAUGCUCGGGCGGAGCUGGCUAUCGCGACGGAGAGACAUGCCUCAGAAUUAGCAUCUAAGCACUGUAAACUCGAGAAGCUCGGUGCUUUAAAUGCGUCAACGACAGCAGAGCUUGAACGAGAGCGCGUUGCCAGAGCCGAGGUAGAGCAGGAACGCUCCGACUUGCUGGUCAAUAACAAGGAGCUGCAAAGCGCACUCCUCGAAGCCAAGGCAGAGAUAGAUGUUUUCGUCGCCGAGCGUGAAACAAAUUCUGUACUUAUCGAAGAAUUGCGCACGGCAAUUGCAGAUGAGAGGGCGAGAUGCCAGGAGGCCAGCUUGACAGCUGAGGACACUCAAGCCGAAGCUGUACGGUUGAGGGGAUGUUUGACGCAGCUUAUCGCGGAAAACAAACGAGAAGAAGAAAAGGCUGUGGAGUCUCAGUCCAUUAAUGAAGCCCAGCGAAGAAGGUGGCAAGAAAAAGCCGCUCUGGAUGACGCUAAGAUCAGAGAGCUGCAAACCCUCCUCAAUGAAGCUCAUGCUCAACUUGAAAGAACAACAUCUCAGCUCGAAUCACUUUUCAUCUACAACGCGCUUUAUUGUCCACGAGGACCAGCCCCCCUGUAG